CCGCCGAGGAUCCGUCAAGCUCGAAAGGAACAAACACCAUCGACGAGAAGUCCUGGCCUAUCACGGCCUCCUCACCCAAUUUGUCCAUUUCUCCAUGCAUUAAGCUCUGCUUACCCAGAUCUCAAUGGCGCAGUGGAAGAACCCGCUGGCCUUCCGACCCCUGCCCGUCAUUCUGGUGACGACCGUCACCUACGUCUCUCUCUUCGCUGCAUUGCUCACCAUUCAUCUGACCGUCCCGCCGUACCCUUCCUCUACACCGGCCGGGACGAACUUGACUCAGGCAUGGGCAGACCUGCAGAAGAUUACUCGUCGCUUUCACCCGUACAACUCGCGAGCCAAUGACCAUGUUCGAGAUUAUCUGCUUUCCCGCAUCCACAGCAUUGUAGCUUCCAAGCAUCUUGACAGCGACAACGUGGAAAUCAUUGAUGACAAUAUCUCCAAUGCCACCUUCUCCUCCCGCAAUACCACUGUUUACUUCGAAGGAAACAAUAUCAUUGUUGCCAUUCGCGGUUCAGAAGACAAGGAGCCAUUCUACCCUGCCGCUCACACGGGUCGAGCUGCGACAAACGGCGGAGUUCUCGUUAACGCUCACUACGAUUCUGUAAGCACGGGUUAUGGCGCUACGGAUGAUGGCGUAGGCGUCGUUUCGGUUUUGCAGCUUCUUUCCUACUUCACUGAGCCUCAAAACUGGCCGAAACGAACCAUCAUACUCCUACUCAACAACGGGGAAGAGGAUUUUCUGAAUGGCGCCAAGGCGUUUAUGCGACACCCCAUCUCCCAAGUUCCCCAUACCUUUCUCAAUCUUGAAGGUGCCGGAGCAGGAGGUCGAGCGACGCUGUUUAGAAGCACCGACGAGGAGGUGACCAGGCCAUAUCAGAAGUCGGCCAAUCCUUUCGGUACCGUCAUCAGCGCCGACGGGUUCAAGCGGGGUCUUAUUGCAAGCCAGACAGAUUAUGUCGUGUUCAACGGCGAGCUGGGUCUCCGAGGGCUCGAUGUUGCCUUCAUGGAACCACGAGCGAGGUAUCAUACCAUCGAAGAUUCCACUCGCGAGACGUCUUUGAACUCCGUGUGGCACAUGCUCUCUGCCGCCAUUGCGACUACACGUGGUCUUGCUUCCGACAUGAGCAAUGCAUUCAGUGGCAACGGAGAGUCAAGCCCAGAGGGCAGAGUGGAUGCGGGCAAGGGCACUGAAGCGGUUUGGUUUGACAUAUUCGGAAAGGCAUUCGUCCUGUUCCGUCUGCACACAUUAUUUGCACUCAACGUUACAUUGUUGGUCGUCGCUCCUAUCGCCCUAAUUACCCUCACGAUUGCCUUGUCCAGGGCCGACAAAAAUUAUCUGUUUGCCAGAAAGAGGUACAUUCAUUCCUCGGAUGACGACGAACCUGUAUAUCUAUAUGGCUGGCGCGGCGUUUUCCGAUUUCCGUUCGCAUUCGUUGCGGCCACUGCACUCGUUGUGGGUUUGGCAUAUCUCAUUGUUAGGGCGAACCCCUACAUUGUUCAUAGUAGCCCUUAUGCUGUUUGGAGCAUGAUGCUCUCAGCAUGGUUCUUCGUUGCCUGGUUUUUGCUUCGAGGCGCAAGCGCAAUGCGGCCUUCGGCCCUUCAGCGCAUGUACACCCUGAUGUGGCUGUUCGUGGGCAGUUAUGCGCUACUAAUCUACGUCACCGUCCUAGCCAACGACUAUCAAGUUGCGGGCGGAUACUUCAUCAUGUUCUACUUUGCCGCAGUCUUCUUCGCGCUUCUGAUAUCGUACCUGGAGCUGUUUUUCGUCCCCACAAAGGCCGCUUACGUGGCCCACUUCGACACCGAGAGCACAACUCGUCGGACGUCGGAAGCGUAUAGUAGGCCGCUGACGGGCACUACCAGUGGCACUCGAUCAGACGAUCGGCCCGUUCAGGACGAGGAAGCGACCGAAACGACAUCCCUUCUCCGAGGGAACCAGCGUAGCUUUGCCAGGUACGGGAGCAGACACUCGAUCGACGAGCCCACAGGACGGGAAGACUACCAUGGCGAAGUCGAUAUUGCAAAUGCAUAUCACAACGAGCAAGGAUGGAGUGCAAGGAUGCCCAGCUCCCUCUGGGUCAUCCAGUUCCUGCUCCUGGUUCCUAUAAACGUCAUCUUGGUAGGACAGGUGGCUUUGUUGCUAACAUCAGCACUGUACCAGACUCCUCAGGAUGGCGCUUCCUCGCUCUUCAUCUAUAUUGCCUUCGCCGCCCUCACCAUUCUGCUCCUCGCGCCUACCGGUCCCUUCCUGCAUCGGUUCACUUACCACGUCCCGACAUUCCUGCUUCUCGUCUGCGUUGGGACAAUGAUAUACAACCUCGUCGCCUUUCCAUUCUCCAGAGACCACCGGUUGAAGGUAUACUUUAUACAACAGGUCGAUUUGGACACUGGAGACAACGUCGUGUCCUUAACGGGCCUCGAAAAGUACGUCCAGAAGGUAAUUAGGGAAAUACCAAGCGCACAAGGCCAGCAAAUCAACUGCACGACGCCAGAAGUCGCGUCGCGGGCCAAAUUGAUCAAAUGCGGGUGGCGUGGACUGUCGGCACGCGUUGUGCCGAAAAUGGCCACUUAUAGCAACAGAACUUACCUGGACACAUGGCUCGACUAUGAUGUUUCACGAAACAAAGAGGCCAAUGAGGCCACGAUUCGCGUGGUCGGGCAAAACACACGCGCGUGUCGCAUUCUGUUCGACUCGCCGAUCGCAGAUUUGCGGGUGGAGGGGGGUGUUUCAGACCCUCGUUUCAAUGCGACUGGCGACCACGGCUCUAGCGAGAUACGCCUCUGGCAUCGAGAGUGGUCGCAACCAUGGAACGUUAGCGUGGCAUGGGACCGCGGCGAGCAUUCUCCGCCUUCUGGAAGAGUUGUCUGUAUCUGGUCGGAUGCAAAUGCAGGGGCCAUUCCCGCAUUCGACGAGGUGCAGCACUAUCUGCCAUCCUGGAGUGUGGCAACAAAGUACUCCGAUGGGCUGGUGGAGGGAUCGAAACGCAUAAACUAUGGCGCAGACUAAGCAUCCUGUUCGCCCACGGAACUAGGAUCAAUGCUCUUGUUGCUCCCUUCUUCGGGGCUAUCCACUACUGCACUUAAGCCCGGCGUUCGCGGACGCUUCUGUUUGCUGCUCGUUGAUAUUCUAUUCAUUGAGGUUCUUUUUCAGGUUCUGCUCCUCUACCCUCUCCUCUCUUCAGUCGCAUCUUACAGCUUCUUGGUGACG